CCCGAGGAUGCAGCGGCGUAUGCGACUAUCAGACAUAAAUCAAUACGCAGGAGCAUAUUGGAGCACUUGAAGGUGGGCUCGUUCCGUCGGGCUCAUGCGUCAAAGGACGAUGUGGCGUACAGUACUGUUGAUACCUUGGAAGAUCCGACCAUCGAGUCGCCCAGUGCUAUUCGUUUUGCGAGUUUGAGGCGAGGCGAGGCCGGUGGUAGUAGGAGCACUGUUGACUGGAUGCAGCCGCAGACUAUGCGCGAAGUGCAGCGUCCACACAAGACGUACUCACCUGUUAUGACGCCGAAGAAAGGCAGGGUUGGGGUAAAAGGUAAUAAGGACGAGACGCAGUGGGUGGCAGGGAGCGGAUUUAGGAUUGUCCGAGAGGAUCCAGAGGUCAACACCGCGGAGCAUGGUUUGAAGGAACGAGCCACGGCUAAUGAUAGCAAUGGCUCGAUCAGGCUUAGCAAGUUUUGGAAUUCUGUGAGGAAGAAGAAGGCUGAGCAUCAAGAGGAAAGCGCAGGGAAGGCGGAAGCUAAUGCGAGCAUGUCGAACGUCGAUCAGACUGCUGCUGCAGGAGCGGAGCCCCCUUCAACCCCUUCAAAGGAUGAGACUGCUGCAAAACCUUCUCUUCAAGUAGCAGAAGAAUUGCAUGAUAAGCUGUCUCCAAAGGAACCGAAUACGCUAGUUUCACGACCUUCGAUGCCGCGAGUUGAUUCCUCGAUCCUUCCUCGGAGCCCGCCUUUGCUUAUGUCGCCCCCACUUGCCUCUACGCUCUUCUUUACAUCUCCAUCUGCUGGCAUCUUACCAGACCUUUUUGCCAAUCAAGCAGGCUCAAUCGGCAACAUGUUGCCUUUGGUGUCUGUAGUCCCCAGUCCAAGCACUCCUGUGACGCUUGGGAAGAAGAAAGCGAGGAAGACCAAAAAGUUGAAGACUUCAAAGCCUCCUCCACUCCUGCCAUUCCCGUCUUACACGACGAAUUCGCUUGAUCGUACCCACGUGACCAAACCUGUAGGAGCGGGUACAGUGCUACCGACGACUCCGCCCCGGCGUAGUAAAGCAGCGGUCGAGAAGUCGUCACUUAAGCGUGCGGGGUGGACAACAGGUGCUCCACAGUCGUCCUCACCUACUUCUCUAGUCGCCACUCGCGUUAGAAGUGAAGGACGUCGAAUUGGGCGAAGUGGCGACACCGCAUCACGGGCAGCACUCAGCAAGGUGACUGAAAUUAUUUCGCGAAGCUAUAGUGAGAGGAAUAUCUAGGUAGGAUUGUACCGAUACCAUGUAUCUUAGGAGCACACGUUUCCGUUGUGUCCCGCUUCAACAUCGCUAGUUCCAGUUCUGCAAGGUCGUUUGACGUCUGUGAGAGCCCUUUUAUUUUGCUAGGAACGAACAGAGACAGGGUUAUAGCGGCCCAUCAAAAUGCACGCGCCAGCUUGCUCGACGUAACGGGGAACAAAGACGGUGUGUCUUCGAGGCCCAUUUGCACUGCCCGGCGUUACAAUAGCGGGGAUCGGGUUGCAACCCUCAUCAGUGAAUAGAGUCGCUAAUAAGGCUGCACGAAUGUGUGGAGCGGGUGCCAAGGAACGCCUCCAUCAAUGUGCCGUACAGCAGCUUGCAGCAAUCUUGGAUUAUCAUUGGAAUUUACGCUUGUUCCUCCUGAAUUGUCACAUUUCUUGACUACUCAGCAUCGUGUUAUUUUUCGGAUUAGUAGCAGUGGAUAACAU